UCUGUUUAACAGUACACAAUUCAUGGCUAGGAAUUAAUAAUUUUCAAGCCACAUUCACAAAUUUACUUUUCAGGGUUUUACUGGAUGUUAUGGAAUACAAGAUAUUUCAUAUUAUAUGUAUUAUCGUACUGUAUACAGAUGCAGAAUACGUCGAUGACAAGGUAAACAUUCACAACAAAGAUGUAAACUCAACGAUCGACGUAAUUAAUGGUACACACCCAAUACUUAACGGCACAGAAAACACAGAAGAUUCUGACGACAGAGGAAUAGAGCCGCGAUUUUUAAGAGAUACCAUUAUGUGGUUUUACAAUAAGCUCUUACAACAAAAACAACCGAUAAACCAACCACAACCGAUCGGUCAACCAUGGCAAACACCAAGACCAGACCUUAAUAGAGGUGUUACCGGCAAACCGAUAUCGGUUCAAAAUCCUACUGAUAAUGAACUAAAGUGCCAACCGAUAGCUUGCCAACCAUGGGCAGUCCGACCUGGACAACCAACAUGUAACCCUAAAUUACCGGUAAUAUGUCAGCCGUUAGUUGGUAACUCGCAACCGAUAAAUUGCCAACCGUUAUCCAACCAACCGACUUGUCAACCGUACCCGGCCCAACCGAUCCUAUGUUACCCUACAAACUGUCAACCUCAAGGAGAUGGUUACAGCACAUUGCAAGAAACGAGAACGAAUCAGCUUCAAAAACGGCCGCAACCGAAAUCCACCGGAGAGGAAGUAGACAGGUUUAACGAUUAUGGUGUUAACAGGAUCAAUUCAAGAACAGAUCACUUUUCAGAACCCUCUAUUGAUGACACUGCUAGUCCCUUUGGUGGUUUAAUGCCAGUUAUUGAGUUGCUUCCGGAUUAAAAAGAAACUUAAGUAAUAAUAUCAAGAUAAUUAAAACACAAAACAUGUUAA